AUGGUGAACGUGAACAACUUCUUCUUCACACUAGGCGAAGUCUAUGCAGCUUGGUUGCUCUGGGCCUUCUUGAAAGACUUGAAGCAAACCAGCGACGAGGAGAGUUGGCGCUACGUCACAGCACUGGCCGUCAGUCCGGCCUUGCUAAUCCUGCCCUUCGCCGUGCUGCUCUUAUACGAGUCGCCGCACUACCUAGUUGUUUGUGGGAAGCACGACCAGGCUUUGGCCGUGGUUCGCAGUAUGGCUGCGCAGAACGGACAGUCCCAGGCUGUUGCCCAGGUGGAGGCUUCCGCGAGGAUGGGCCUGGCUGGUGCGGAGGUAUUUCGCCCCACAUCCCGUUCGAGAUUGUUGCCGCAGCAGGCCGGGGCCGGAGAUGAAGCUUGCCAGGGGUGGAUUGAUGUUCUCAUACGAUCAGAGUUUGGGACCAUCAUUGUGGGUGGCUGCUACAUCUGCUUCGUAGCCAACUUCCUCUUCUUCGGCCUCACCUAUGCGAUGCCUCAAGUUUUCAGGGUCAUGCAGUCGCCGUUCCAUCCGGCCACGCAAGUUCUGGUGGUCACCAGCGCGGACAUUCCAGCGUGCCUCCUCUCGAGUGUUCUCAUUCGCUCCAAGGCAUAUGGCCAUAGGGACAGCCUCUCCGCCCUGGCCAUCGUGCUUGCAAUGCUCCUGCCCACACUCAUCAUCCUUGAGCUUGGUGAUGUUGGGAUCGUCUCUGCUGCGAUCUACGCGUCCUACUUGGCCAAGUGUGCUGUCACUGCGUUCUUCACGAUCGCAUAUGCCAGAGACUGA